AUGGAUUUUUCUGACAAAGACCUGGUCAGCACUGCCCAACCCCAUGUUGACGCUCUGGUUGUCACAAUGUGUAUUGGGGGAUUCGACAUGCACAGGGUAAUGGUUAACGAGGGAAGUAGGGCUGAAAUCAUGUACCCCAAUCUGUUUAGAGGACUGGGGCUAAAGGAGAAAGACCUGGAGAGUUACGGAGCCCCACUCAUGGGAUUUGACGGGAAAAUAGUUAUCCCAAAGGGAAGAAUCAAGCUACCGGUCCAAGUAGAGAAUGAGGAGGUGUUGGUGGACUUCAUUACGAUGGAUGCGUAUUCACCAUACGCAGCUAUUCUAGCUCGGCCGCGGCUACAUGCUCUCGGAGCCGUAUCAUCCACUCUACAUCAAAAGGUGAAAUUCCCAACUGAAAGUCAUAUCGGAGAGAUACGAGGAUACCAAGCCUUCGUGAGACAAUGCCUCAUCGCAGCAAUCAACCACCGAACCCCUCCGGAAGGAAUGGACGAGGCACCACCAAAGUUAUAG